GAGGACUUUUUGGCGCACACCGAAAAUGUAUUGAGAAAAAAAGAAGAGAGAGAAAGAGAGAAGAAACGAAUUUUUCCUCUUUAUACUUUCACAUUCUUCUGAAAGUGUUGAAACUUUGUUCAUUUCUUACUUUAUUCCCUCCGUUACAAAAUGCAAUAGAAGAGUGUUUUUUGUGUGAAAAGAAAAGCUGACGAGAUGAUGAAUAAUAGCGUUUGAUGAUGACCAAAAUGUUAAAAAAGCAAUAAGAAGAAAAAAUUCUGAAAUUUUUGCUAAGAAAGUCACAAAGAGAGAUUGUAAUAUUAAGUUUCCUACUUGAUUUCAUCAACAGAGAAAUUCACAACAAACAUUUUUGUACAUCUCUAAUGUCUUUUUCUACUUGAGUAUGGAAUAUAUAGAGACUAUAAAAUAAACAAGUAUAUAUUCGUGUAAAUUGAGGUUUCCAUUGGACAAUUGUUGCAGGUAAUUGACACACACAAAAGGACGAUUUAAACUUUUAACAUUUAGAGACAGCGCGAGCAAAAGUGUUGAACUUUUUCGACAACUUUUAGGGUGAAAGAAAUCAAAUUUUUGACUCUACAAAAAGCUGUGUUUAAAGUCAUAUUGGACAAAAUCAACAGAAAACAUGUUUAUUCAACAAAGAGUUUCCUGAAGAAAAAAAACUGAGAAGAAAAACAGAAUUGCGCCAAAAUGCCAUUUUUCCCUCGCACUGAUGAGAAGAAUUUUUUUUUUCAUUUAAACUCAAGCACAGUUUUUUUCCACCCCCAACAGAAAUGUUGAUCGAGAAGUGAGACGAAACCAUAAGACAUUUGUAAAUAGUUUGAUAGGUUUUAUGGCGAAGUGAAAUAGAGAAUCAUUCCAAUUUGAAAGUUGAUAAAAAUGGUGAAAAUUUGUGAGAGAUUUUUAGGAAGAAGAAAAAACAAGAAAUAGUGUGAAGAAAUCAUUUAUUUUUCCAGAGAAGAUGAAAUAAAAAGAAAGAAAUUAUCCUCAAAUUAUUGAAUAAAACAGAGAAUACAUAUUAUAGUGAAGGAAGGAAAAAUCACUUGACUAAAAUCUACUACAUGCAAUUGUAAUCCUGCUGCUUCUAAUAAAAUGACAUGAAAAAAAAUUUGCUAAAGUUUAAAGGAAGAAGAAGAAAAAAGUACUCAUUGUAAUGAAAAAAAAAAUAUAUUCGUAAUUGUAUUUGAGUGAGAAGAGGUGAGAGAAAAUCUGAAUAUUUAAAUGCAAUGGUGCUUUUUCGAGGCAUUGUUUGACAGAAAAAAAACACAGUUAAUAAUAAAACGUAAAAAAUAAAAAAUUGAGAAUGAUUGAGAGCUUUGUGGAACUUUUCACAGCUGAAUAAGAAAAAAAACACCCCCAAAAUCAGUUUCUAACCACAAGAAACUUUCCAUUCUGUGCAACAAAUUGUUGUUGGGCAAAACUUUCCCCUUGGACAAAUGCAAACAUUCUACUGAAGAGUGUAAUUAAUUUCUCACCAAACUGCUAAAUGAGUUUAGAUAACUCGUUGAGAAAAUUGCUUUUCCGCAAGAGAAACCCAUUUUGUUGUCCCCUCCUCAAACCCCUGCAAUAGAUAAAAGACAUUGAUAACUAUCAGAGAAAUCUACAAUUUGUGUAUAACAUAAAGUUAUAAAAAAACAAUGCUUUUGUACUAUACAAUGAAAUAAUUUCUUGUAAAGAUAAGUGAGAAGAGGAGUUUUUGGCAAAGGUGAAGAAGUGAGAUUCGACACUGUUUUGUUUCGGUGUGAUGAAAACUUAUUAAAAAACAUUGAUUUGGCGUCUCAUUUAAUCGCCUCCUAAUCAAUGGAAUUGAUAAGUUAAUCAACCGCAAAUAUAGCGUCGAUUUUUUACUUGACAACUUCUUCACAUGGCCGCGAUUUUUCCUCUUUUACAACAAUAAGAGAAAAUGAAGAAAUGAUUUUGGCAUGGAGAAAAAAGAAUGAAAUAAAUGAUGUAAAACAUACGCAAUUUAGCUUAGCAAGACGAAGAGAUAUCUAUAAAUAAAACUAAAAAUUAAUAAUUAAUUAAAUAUUGAUGAAAAGUGAGAUUACAUUAAAGAAAGAAAGAGAGAAAGAAAGAGAGAGAGAGAGAGUGGAUAAAUUGUCAAAAGAACAGACUAAUGUUCAUAUAUAGUAAAUUUUUGAUGAAGAAUUACCAAGUUCCAAAAAUGAUUAAAAAAAAAAACAAUUUCAACUGAGAAGACUUUGCUGAGAAAGAACUUUCUUUUUACUGUGCAAAUUCUCAAAGAAAGAACAAAAUAGAGUGUAGAAACUUUCACUUGCUCUUUUAUUUGCCUUCACUGGACUUCGCAAGGAUAUUUCGGCGUUCUGCCAAUCUCGUAAAACCCAAUGAAAAGCAGACUAAAUCCUUAUACAUUCAUUGGAAUGUCACACGACCGUUAGUUUGAUAUUUCAAACUUGUGACAAAUUUAGUACAUGGUCUAUCCCCUCCAAUUUCUCUUAGUACACAACGGUUCUGACGAAGUUUACGGUCGUUUGUUGUUUACAAAGUGUUUCAUCUGCAGCAAAUCGCCGAUUUUAUUUGGUUAAGCAUAAAUAUCUCAUCUGCCAGUGACGCUUGAUUGUGAGGUUAGGGAGAGACAAAGCGAAGCGCCGAAGAUGCCCCGGAAGAGGAAAAUACGGGUUGCUCAGAAUGAGAAUGAGCCACCAGCUAAGCCUGCAAACUCAUCCAACUCGAGAGCGCCAAAGAACAAGGAGAUCGUUGAAGUGAUCUGUCGCAGCCAGGAUUCCGUAACACAGCAUGAUAUUUACGUCAAGGACUUGAAGGGUGUUUAUGCGAAGUCCAACCACAAGACAUUUCUGAGUGAUUUCCUGAUCUGCUUCCGUGCAAUGGCGGUGAAGGAUGUCUCAAAUGAAUACACCACGAAUGCCUUGAAGUUCUGUGCCAAGUUUGUUGCUGCCCACAACAAGAGAGAAACCGGAGAGACUCAUCCUCUGGUCACAGAUGUCUUCAAUUAUGUGCUUGAGAUGACGAGCAAUAACGUAAAUAUUCGUUUGCGACUCUGUGAGUUUGUCAAUAUGAUUCUGAAUUCGCUGGAAGAGAAUGCACUGCUGGACGACAAUAUUUGCGACAAAAUCCUCAAGUACAUGUGCAUUCGCUUGAGCGAUAUGAACCCAAAUAUUCGUAUCCAAGCCGUACUGGCUCUGCAGCGUCUCCAGAUUCCCGAAGAGCCCAACGACACGGUGGUGAAGCAGUACUUCUUCCACCUGAGCACUGAUCCCAGUGCGCAAGUGCGCCAGACGAUCAUCACGUGCAUUGUUCGCAACAUGAUCACCAUUCCGCACAUCAUCGAGCGACUGUGGGAUCUGGAUGAGAAAGUGCGGCGUCACGUGAUCAUCCAGAUGAGCACGCACUCCGUGCGCAUGUACAUGGUGGCUGAGCGUCUAAAGUUCCUGGAGCAGGGCCUCAAUGACAACAGUGAGCUGGUACGCAAAGCCACUGUCAAUGUGAUGCUGCCGCGGUGGGUGGACACUUACAAUCACGACUAUAUCGCUCUCCUGGGCGCUCUCAAGAUGGACACAAAUGACAAGGAAAUGCAGAGAUUCAAGAAGUGUGCUCUUCAAGUGCUGCAAUACAUCUUCAAGAAAGCCGAUGCUGGGAAGAUCGUGACGGAGCUGGGCUUCGAUGCGCCUGAUCCCACGCGAAGAGACACCGAUGAUGAGGAUGAGGAGGAAGACGUAACGACAACAGACAAUCAAGAGUUCCCUCGCUGUGUGCCCAUCAAGAAGCUGAGCGUGGAAGUUGCCGUGUACUGGGAAGCAGCCGUGGAUUAUCUGCAACAGAAUGACUUUGAUGAGCUGAAUGUGAUUCUGCCAGAACUCACGGUCUUCUGUCAAUACGUGGAGAAGUACUGCGAAUCUACAUACUAUGAGAGUGACAAGUGGCAGCAGAUGAAGAAUCAGUACAUCCUGCUGAGUCUGCUGGAGAUUGUGGCCAAGUACGAUCUGGGCGAUGAAGUGGGUCGGAAUAAUCUCAAAGAGUUGCUCUCGACGGUCAUGUCAAAGUACAAUCUGGAUGAGCCGAACAUUUGCGUGAUGGCGAGAAUCUUCGAGCAAGUGUAUCCAAUCACGGACGAUCGUCUGAAUACAGUGAUGACGAUUGUGAGUGAUAUUCUUCAACUUGGCGACAAUUCGGCGACAAUUAACAGUGAGAUGGAGAGUGCACUGUUCCAGAAGGCGGGCAUUGAUCUGCAGCUGCGAUUGUCGUCGCUGAAAGUGAAGAUGAUGGAGUUGAAGGAGCAGGAGAAUGUGUGUGGUCAGAAGAAGGACUACGUCAAUGCCCAGAAGGCCACUGAAGAGUGGGAGCAAUGCAAUGAGGAGUACAUCAAGUUGCUACAGCCACUCUUGGCGGAUCAGGGGAAUUCCGAUGAAACCUCACUGAGUGCGAGUCUGCUGAAGGCCACGCACAAGAUCGGCACUGAGACAACUCUCAGAUGCCUCCAGAUCACGUAUCAUAUCAUCUGCUCGGCGCACACGCAAACCAUCACGCCAUCCGUUGUGGAUCUCUACAACAAGUUCAUAUGUCGCCACAUGAACUCAGAACAGGUGAAUGUGCGCGAUUGGGCGUUCAAGUGUGCCACAACGUGCAGCAUGUUGUACUCAAUGCUGGCCAAGGAGGUGUCACGCACGCUCUCGGAGCAGUUCGUGAAGAAUCAGAACAUUCGCAUCUGGACAACGGCCAUUCAGUGUCUCUUCGAGUUGGUGGAUCGAUAUGGGUUGGACUUCUUCAUGGACGCCCCCUCGGAAGAUGACACAGUGCUGGAGAAGACUGUGGGCAGGAGCAAGACGCGUCAGCUGUUCUCUACGUCGACGCUGCUGCAGAGCGAUCAGGAGGCGCCGCUCAGUCUGGUGGAGGUGAUUGGCCAUCUGUCGGUGCUGCUGGAGAAUUGUGAGCACCGAUCCAUCCUGCAGGCGCUGGUGGUAGGAUUCUGUCGCUUCGUCCUUCACGGACACUACACGGAGUCCAAUAUUGUGUCCAAGUUGAUGCUCUUCUACUUCAAUCCCGCCACAGAUGCGGAAAUCACACAAAUCCUGGGAAUUUUCUUUGAAAAUCUGACAUCGGAGCGGAAGCAGGAAUACUUGCAGCCGGCACUACUGCCCACACUCUUCUUCAUCUUUGAGGCUCCGCACGAUAGUCCUCUGCAAGAAAUCAAGCCGGAGAAGGUGAUGAAGUUCGUGAUUGACGUGACAAGGCCACAGUUCUGCAGUCACGGUCUGAACAUUCACAACACCAUUGGGAUGUCAUUUAUGAGUGCCAUUCAGGAUAAUGUGACGCAGAAGGAGGUGCUGAAGGUGCUGUCCAAGGGACUUCUACUCCUUGAGAUCUCAGAUGAUCGCAAUUUCCGCACAGACUUGAAAAAUUCCUGCGAACAAUUGCUGAAAGUCACUGGAUUGGAUGAGAAAGUUGCACGAAAUAUUUCUGCAUUCAAAGAUCUGCUGGACGGAAUCAAGCGUCCUUCUCUUACAUUCUCCUCCACGAGGAUAACAACGUCCACCUUUGCCGGGGAGCGGGAUUCGGAGGAAGAGGACAAAAUCGAAGAGACUGAGAAAGAAGCUCAACUGGAGUCAAUUGUCGAAGUGACGGAGGAGAAUUCCAGAACAACAGAGGCGAAGGAUCUGAAUGAGACAGAGAAUGAUUCGGUGUUCCUGCACGAAAGCCUGAAAUCUGCUGAAUCGAGUGAAGCGGAAGUUAUUGAGCCAUCUGAGGAUGAAACUACCAAAAUCUUCACAAGAAGGCAAAUGACUCGCAGUCGUGUCUCUGCGGAAAGAUCUACUGUUUCCAGUCCGAAAACUCCAGUGACCCGAAGCGGAAGGACUUUGCAGGCCUCGAAGAAGCGCACCAUAGAAACACGAACGCCCAAUGCAAGAACUAAGAUCACCAGAAGCGCCGCGGCCGCUGCGACGACUCCUGCUGAGGCCAAGAAGAAGGACAAGGAGCCGAAGCAGAGCAAGCAACUGUCCCAGAAGGAGAAGAAGAAAGUCGAAGGGACUCUGUCGCAAUCCUCCUCAGCCAGCAGCGUCACUUCCGUGGGUCCGAGUGUUGCCAAACGCAUGAAAGAUCCCGUCGUCGCGGUGUCACCAUUGAGCGCUUCCUUCAUUCAGCGCCAGAUGCAGAGUCCCAGAACCAGGAGUGCCACAACUGAUGAUUACAUCCAGAGCAACAUUAUGACCCGCACGAGGCGUCAGAAUUUGUCACCGAGCAGAAUUCCGCGCAGCAAAUCUGCGACUAAACCGAAAUCGAAGAAGUAAUCUGCUCGAUCACUAACUCUACUAAAUUUACGUACCUUUGCUUCUUCAUGUGUUCUCUUCAGAGGGGGAAAAAAUGCAGCGUCGCCAGACUUUAUCUCACACUUGUGAUGUCUGGAAGAUAUGCGAGCGAUAAUUUUGUCAAUGGCAAUGAGUCUUCGCAUUGAAUAAAAAAGAAUUCCUUCUAUUUUCAUACACAUUUAAUUGUUUUUUUUUUUAUUCAUUAUUUACAAAUUGGGUUUCUCAUUUUCUUUUCUCACCUCCGCACUUGCAAUUUACCUACCAAACAAAUAACAAAAAAAUUUAUAUUUUCUUUGUAUGCAAUAAGGUAAAAAAAGAAGCACAAGUUAGAUAUAUU